UUUUUGUUAAACCUGUUCAUGGUACAAUGUCAUGGUUUUCUAAUAGAAUCCUCUCCUCUGCUACCACGGGGUCAUCAGAAGUCAAACACAUCCAUGGAGAAGACACUGACAGUGGGCUUGACUCUUUUCUUAACACUCUGUCUGAUCAUACCAGAAGCUGGAGGACGGAAAGAAGCCGCUUAUGGCGAGGACUCUCAGAAACGUUCAUCAAGAUCUUCGGAUUCAAAAGGAGGCCGCUGCUCCUACACCUUCAUUGUCCCGCAACAAAAACUGACAGGCGCUCUGUGUUUAAACACACAGUCUUCUAACACCAACAACUCGGAGGUGGCAGCACUGCGGGUGGAGCUCAAACAGCAGCAGGAGCAGAUGGAGAAGCUCAGGGGCCAGCUGGAGCAGGAGGGGUCUCUUGCAAUGGAAGUUAGGGCCCUGCGCAAAGAGAGUAGCAACAUGAAUGCACGCAUUGCACAGCUCUACGCCCAGCUGCUGCAUGAAGUCAUGCAGAAGAAAGAUCAGGCUCUGGAGCAGCGGAGGGUGGAGAACCUCCUGUUAAAUGCUACAACACAGGCCUUGCAGGUGUCCAGUAACUUCAGGGAGCUGGAGAAGAAAUAUGGAGCCCUCACCUCCAUGCUGAGCUCCCAGAACCAGUUUAUCUCACGUCUGGAGAAGCAGUGCCAGUGCAAGGACUCCACCCAGCCCACACUGGUGACGACUGAACCACCACAGAGCCAGUCUAAUGUGCAUCCAAAUUACAGCUCUGACGCCAGCGAAAUGACCAAUGAUGUUCAAAGGGACCAAAGUGCUCCACCGCCACAGAAGGAAAAAACUGCACAUUUCCUCUCCAGCACUACAGUUAGCACUCCUACGGAUCUUCCUUUUAUUAGCUUCCCUGUCACCAAGACUCCAGGGCCAUGGAGGGACUGUCAGCAUGUUCUGGAAUCAGGUGAGACCUCCAGCGGGAUUUACCUGCUGCGCCCUCAGAGUGCCAACCGCCUCCUGCAGGCCUGGUGUGAGCAGAGUCAGGCUCAGGGGGGCUGGACAGUCAUCCAGCGGAGACAGGAUGGGUCAGUCAACUUCUUCAGGACUUGGGAGCAGUAUAAGCAAGGCUUUGGAAACUUGGAUGGGGAGUACUGGCUCGGCCUGGAACAUCUCUAUUGGAUAACCAAACAGGCCACGUAUAAGCUACGGGUAGCUCUGGAGGACUGGCAAGGCCGGCAGGUGUUUGCUGAAUAUGACAGCUUCCAUCUGGAACCAGAGAGUGACUGGUACCGACUGCGAUUAGGACAAUACCAAGGCACCGCAGGGGAUUCCCUCUCAUGGCAUAACAACAAAGCCUUCACUACUCUGGAUCGAGACAAAGACAGCUAUUCAGGUAACUGUGCUCAUUACCAAAAGGGAGGCUGGUGGUACCACAUGUGUGCACACUCCAAUCUGAAUGGCGUGUGGUAUCGGGGUGGGCACUACCGAAGCCGUUAUCAGGAUGGGGUCUACUGGGCAGAGUUCCAUGGAGGGUCCUACUCUCUGAAACGGGUUUCCUUGAUGAUCAAGCCCACAUAACAUGUUUUUUAUUAUUAUAGAAGUGUAUGAAAAAGAAUGUUUACUGAAGGUGACAUAUUAAGAGACUCAGUGUAAGCCCUGUAUAGUAGGCUAACUCAGUUACUGUUUUAAAGCUGGGGUUGGUAAUCAGAUUUAGAUACACUUUUUGU